AUGUCACGGAAACACACAGAAAAUGGUGGCAUUUUUGUUUGUAAACCACGUCAUCUCCUGCUGAUUGGUGCCAAAGCGAAUGCGCGUAAUGAGUACGCAGCGUUGAAUCGAUUGGCGAGUCCAAAUCCGUUCGCGAGUCCUCGCCAUCCGGGCGGUCAAACACCCGGUCCAGGCAAUAUGUCAAGUGGUAGAAGUGUGCGCGGUGGCGCGACUCCAUCACAACAUGGCGGAAGUAACUCGGUGGUUUCGAUUGGUGGUGCCGGAGGAGGUUCAAACUCACAAAAAGUGCGUCGUGAUAAUCAAAUAAUCGGUAAAAGUGUGCGAAUAACACAAGGACCACUGAAAGGUUAUUACGGCAUUGUUAAAGACGCCACUGAACAAACGGCACGUGUUGAGCUGCACACCACAUGCAAGGUAUUUUUGCGGUUUCACUUGGUUUAA